UGAAAAAUAUUAUUGAAUAACAAUUUACAACAAAAUAACUACAUUUGUUAUUCUUUGCUUACAUAUAUAAUUUCAUCUAAAUUUGAAACUCAAAUUUCCAUAACGAAAAAAAGUUGUGCUUAUAAGAAAAAAUCUGGCUUAAGAGCUAUAAUAUCCAUAGAGAAACCUUGUAUUUUCAAGCAUUUUGAUUUUUGCCUAAGCAAAAUUUUUUUAUUGUUAUUUAUACUUAAAAAAAAAAUGUUAAAUAUCUUUAAAUAGCUCAAGAGUCAAACUAUUUUGAAAACUAUACCAUGUCUAAUAAAUGCUAACGUGAAUAUUUGGUGAAAGUUUCAAUUGUUGACAAAUGUUUAUUUUGAAUUAAAACAAAAAAAAACUAGUAUUGUCAAAAUCUGGUUUGAGGGGUUGGUUAACACUAAAGGUUUUUCCUAACUUUUGUUAUGUUUUUCAUGAUUAUUUUGAAAAGUAUUGAGAAUUUUCACUUUUGACCUACCUAAAAUACUAAAUAGAUCUACUUUUUAACCAACAUUGAAGUGUUGGAUAGAAACAUUUUUCCUACUAUAAAAAGUGUACAUACACACACACACACACACACAAAAUAUAUCCCUAUUAUAAAACCAGUACAUUAAACGCUUUUGAAAUAUUUUCUAUAAAUUAAGUUUAAAUAGAUGGUAAAUCAUUCAAAAAAACAAUAAGUGUUUCAUUAAUCCCAAGAGCUUAAAAAUAUAUAAGUAUAAAAAGCAAUAGAUACCUAUUUUCUAAAGUAUCAGUUCAAUAAACAUUUACUAAAUAAUCUCAAGUUGCAUAAAAUAAUUAAAUAUCAAUGUUAAUAUUGCUAAAUAUUUUAAUUUUACUGAUUAAUAUAAAUUUAUCAGAGUGGUUGAAAUGAAACCUUUUUAAGAAUGAAAUAUUUACAAACUCAACAACUUUAAUUCAAACAAUCCAUUAUAAAUUUGAAAUUCUAAAAAGAAAAAAACUUCACAUAUUUUAUGCAAACACACUAUUUACCCUCACAGAGUACCUACUUCUAUUAAAAUGAGUUGUUUAUAAUACAAAAUAUUUAUUGAUUUUGUAGUAUUUUCUAUUUUGCAAUUUGAAGAUAUCAAGUGGCACAUGUUAUAUUUGUCUAAUGUGUAUUUGCAAUACUAAUACUAAAAUAUUUAUUUUAAAAUGAAUAAUAAAUUUAUGAUCCUGUAUUUUAUUGGCUACUUUUGAAGGACUUUAAUACUACACAACUUACUGAAAAUGCAUAAACAUCAAUUUCAAAGUUAUUUAUCAAAAAAAAAAGUCAUCAAUACUAUUCCAAAAUGGCUACGGAUAAUACACCAAUAAUUUUUAAAAACACUACUAGUGACAUUUUUUCUAAUAAACAUUUUAAACAGUUAUCUAAAGUAGUAGUUAUAAUAAUUAUAAUUGCCCUUCUCAUUUACUACUAUUGGAAAUUUACAUGGAUUGUAUCUGAAAAUAAAGAUUCAAGAAUUAGUAUUCUUCUAUACACGACGUAUGUAACUUUAAAUAUAAUACUAAUCAUUGUAUGUUUCUUCAAUGUUUUUAUGGGCCAUGAUAUUUAUAAAAGUUUUACAAAAAACAUUGCAUACGUAGAUUUUCUAUCAAAAAACCUAGAAUUGAGUUACAAAGACAGUGUAAUUACAUAUAUCAAUUUCAAGACACUUUUACUCAUCAUCACAACAACCGCCAGUUACAUAAUACUUUAUCAUCUAGCAUUGAAUGAAAAUGAUUUUCCAUCAGUCGAUUUUACUGAAAUGGUUUGUAUACCUAUAGUUUGGAUACUUAUACUUCAAAUAAAUGCUAAAUUAAAUCAAUUAUCAAAACGAAUCAACUAUAUAAAAAAUAUACUAGAAGCUUACAUGGAAAAAUCAAAGAGUGUUUAUUGGAUCCAUUGGUAUACAGUCAGACCAAAGGAGAUAACUGUAUUAAACCGUAUGCAUUUAUUCACAUACAUAUCAUUUAUAGAAGUUUGUUCAUAUUACAAUAUUCAACUAUUGGUAUUGGUACCGAGGGUCAUAUUUUUUAAUGUAUUGCCAGUUCAUUACAAUAUAGUGACAGCACUCGUGGCCGAUGAACGUAAUGUAUCACAUAGAUGGUCUCAAAUGUUCACUUUAUCUGUCAUUAUUUUAACAAUAUGGCCAAUUAUUCAUCUGGUAAAAUGUACAAGCAAUACCUUUGAAAAAGGGGCGCAAAUAACACAGAUACUUCACAAAUUAUUAGACAUGGGACAAAAGCAAGAUAUCGAAGACGAAGUAAAACAAAAAUAUCCAAUUUAAUUAUUUGUAGUGUUUCAAUAAAUAUCUUAUAAGAACUUGUUAUAUUUUCAGCUGUAUUUAUUUUCUGAACAAAUAUUAAAAAGACAACUGCAAUUUUCAGUAAAGGGAUUUUUUAUAAUUAAACCUUCACUAGUUGCUUCAGUAUGUAUGUUUUAUUUUAAGUAAAAUUAUUAUUUAAUGUUAUAGGUAUUUGAGUAUAAAAUAUUCACUGUUUUAUAACAUUUUAGAUGAUGGAGUUGAUUAUUACAUACGUAAUAAUUCUGUUGCAAUUCCAAGAUUCAUUAAAAUCUAUCUCUCCAGCUCAAUUUUUAGUUAGGCCAAGACCUGGCUAAAAGCA